AUGCCGAAGCUCUCCUCUCACGCGUUCGCGUCGUCGCUAGCCCGCCAGGUCGCUCGUUUCUUCGCAGCGUCAUCGCACCCAGCAGAAGCAGCGACGGCGGGUGUGACGGCGGGUACGGCGGCGGGUGCCGCGGCGGCGGCAUCGCCUGUUCCCAAGCAGCAGACGCUCCGCGCUGCGGCGGCGACUUCUCACUGGAACGAGCUCUGCGAGAGCUCGUCUGCAUGCAGCGGCAGCGGCAGCGCUCGCUCGCUUCAUGGCCAGGUGAACGUGCGACUGCCGUCGCAGCCGCCGCCGUCGCAGCCGCCGCUGUCGCCGCCGCCGCUGGCGCCGGCGCCACAGCAGCAGCGGCAGCAGCCUUCCUUCACUCGCAUCAGCACGACGAGCAGCCUUACCACCACUCGGGGCGUCGCCUCGGAUGCUGCGGCGCAGAAAACGGCGAGCAGGGCAGCGGCGGCGCCGCCGCCGCCCACGAAGGAGUGGCACCUGGUGCCGCUGGGGUACCGCCCCGCGCACGCCGUGGCGCUGCAGGAGCGCAUCGAGGAGAUGUGGGAGUUGCGCGUCGGGCGGGAGGCGCGGGAGGGAGUGGAGGGGAGGGUAGAAGGGAGGAAUAGGAAGAGCGAGGGGGCGGAGGAGAGCGGCAAGGAGAAGGAGAGGCGCGAGCUGGAGGCACUGAAUUGGGCGUUCAGCCAGCUUCCCGUGUCCGUGUUCCCCUGCCAGCAUAAAGAGCUCGAGGUGCCCUCAAACGCCCGUCUGUCGGACGCCCUUCGCGUACUGCAGCAAGCGGGCCUCACAGCGGCGCCCGUCAGGGACGUGGCGGUGGGGGACGAUGCGCCCUUGCAGCAGCGCUACCUGGGCAUGGUGGAUGGCGCGGGCAUCGUGCUGUGGGUCAUGGGGCAGCUCAACCAAUCUUCCAUAGAGGUCCGCAUGGCGGCAUCAGCAGGGGGGGGACUGGCAGGAAUGGCGUUUGGAGGGCUGGGGGCAGCAGCACUGGGCGCGCCAGAUGUUGCCACGCUGGCAGCCAUGUGGGCGGGAUCGAUGGCGGGAGGGCUGCUGGGCGCCACGUCAGCAGAGGCGCCGGGGGAGGGGGAGGCGGGGGGAGGGGUGGAGCGACUGAGGGUGUCUGCAGGGGGGUUGGAUCGGCUGUUGCAGGGCAACGUGUUUCAAACUGCCAAGGUGUCAGACCUGGAGGGUUCCUUCCGCUGGCGAUCAUUCCUGCCCCUCUCCACCUCCAACUCUGUCCUCUCCCUCAUGCUCCUCCUUGCCAUGCCCCACCGCCCUCAAGUCCUUCCCAUCGUCACCUACCCCUCCACCUCCUCCUCUCCCUUCUCCUCCUCCCCGUCCUCCGCCUCUCCCACCGCAUCUCCCGAGCCUGCAGCUGCAGCUUCGUCAGCAGGCUCGGGGCUAGCCCCAGUGCCGAGCCUGUCAGCUCUGGUGUCGCAGGCAGAUGUGGUGAAUUUCCUGGCGGAGUGUGACGGGCAGCCAUGGUUCGAAUGGGUGGCGGGGAGGAGUCUGCAAGACAUGGGGCUGCCAAGAAUGGGUGCAGAAUCGACUGUCAAGGUGGAGGAAUCGGAUCCGGUAAUGGAGCCGUUUCGUCUGAUGCUGCAGCAUGACAUUGGUGGAGUGCCCGUGGUGGCGCCGGGGACCAAUCGCAUCACGGCAAAUGUCAGCGCGAGGGACGUUCUGCAGCUGCUUACGUCACCGCACCUUGCAGAGCAACACCACCUCAAGCCGCUCACAGUGGCAGAUCUGGUGCACGACGCGCAGCGCCCGCAUCACGGAGCUGCUGACGUCAUCUGGCCAAUCAUGGUGCCGCCCGUGACGUGCCGCCCGUCCACGCCACUGCGCGAGGUGAUUCACGCGUUCCGGGUGGCACGCGUGCACCGCAUUUACGUCACACGAGAGGAGGAAGGAGGAGAGCUGCUGGGAGUGGUGACGCUGAGGGAUGCAAUCAGACGAUUCCUGGUGAUCCACGCGUUCCGGGUGGCACGCGUGCACCGAAUAUACGUCACACGGGAGCCAGAAGAGGGGGUGGAAGGAGGAGAGCUGCUGGGAGUGCUGACACUAAGGGAUGCAAUUGGGAGGUUUCUGGUGCGGCAAGAGGAGGGAGAGAUGAGGGGAGAGAAGGUAGAGGAACCGGUUCCGACCAGCACUGAGGUUGGCUCCGAUGGUCUCAACCUGUAG